UUUUUUGCUGCUAAGAUGAGCGACGACAUCCUGGACAACAUGUCCCUUUCGGACGACGAGAUGCUGGACAACUUGGCGGACGAUAUGCUCAUGGAGAUGGCGGAGGAGGAGGCAACGCCCUCCACCCCCGCUGUGCCAGCGUCUUGGGCUCGUGGCGCAGUCUCAACCCCCAGCACCGCGGCUGCUCCGCCCGCCAUGCCCGACCUGAGCCAAAUGAUGUCCCAGAUGAUGCCCAUGAUGUCCCAAAUGUUUGGAGGCAAUGCUGGCGCUAAUUCGAUGUUGCCUGGUGGCGCCAACUCGCUGCAGCAAGCUCCAGUCUCGUGGCAGGAGCUCGUGAAGCGCCACGUGCCCCAUAAUGAGCAGGAAGACUGGCUUACGACCAUCGACAAGGACGCGACCAAGCUACGCGUCGCCAGCUCCGCCAACAUCCUAACUAAGCCUCACAGUCGCUCCUACCGUACGAAACCGUCAGCUAUGCCGAACGUGUACAUGGAGGUGGGCACGAUGCUUACCAACAUGCUAAACGAAGCGGUGCGCUCUGCACAGCUGGAGCACAACCGUCAGUGGCUAGAGCUGCGGGACAGUUUGGUCUCACAGCUCUCACAGACUGGGAUGACGAAGGUUUUCGCGAACAAGUUCAAGGAAAUGCUACGGCAACGUGUUGCCCACGAUCCGGACUACAUAGCUGAGAAGGAUAGCGAGCGCUAUCGCAACAUUACAGAGGCGCUCUCCGUGUAGUCCGAGUCAAUUUACGAAGAUGUAGAACGAUGACUGAGAAUAUUGAGGAAAUGUUACGCAUUUUUGACUGCAACUGCAUGUAGGAGAUCGUGUAUCCUAUCGUUCAUACUACACAUCGUCCGU